CUGGCACAACAGGUAUCUACCAAGGAGCCGUGGCAUGGACUCCUCUGAGUUGUCAGUUGUCCGAAACAUAUAAAAACCACAUUUUUCGGACCGUAUACUGAACCCCAACAGAUAGAGACGUCUCUUUUUUCUUUUUUUGUUUCUUCUGUCUUUUGCUUUCCCUCCCUUAUUGUGACUUCAAGGACAAAUCUUUUUUUACAAGUAAAAUCUCUCUUUUUCUCCCUCUCUGGGGCUUCAAGGCGUAGUUAAAAUGGAAAAAAAGGGAGAAGAAAGAGAGCUGGGUAUGUUCUUUGAUGGGAUCAUAGAGUCCAUGCCUUUGUUUGCAAAGCAGUUCGUUGCUGGAGGUGUUGCUGGGGGGCUUGCAAAGACCGUUGUUGCCCCACUUGAGCGUGUCAAGAUUUUGUUACAGACUAGAAGAGGAGAAUUUCACAGCAUAGGGAUCUUUGGAUCCAUUAAAACGAUUGCAACGACAGAAGGCAUCCUGGGUUUCUACAGAGGAAAUGGUGCUAGUGUUACUCGAAUUGUUCCCUAUGCAGCACUUCAUUAUAUGGCUUACGAGCAGUACCGUAGAUGGAUCAUCAAUGGAUUUCCUGACAUUGGAAGAGGCCCUGUACUUGAUCUUGUGGCUGGAUCAUUUGCUGGAGGAACUGCUGUGCUUUUUACUUAUCCACUUGAUUUGAUUCGGACUAAAUUAGCUUAUCAGGUUGUUGGUCUACCAAAGAUUAAUGCGAAAGGGGUAGUUAGUACUGAACAAAUUUAUAGAGGAAUUCUUGAUUGUUUUUCGAAGACUUACAAAGGGUCUGGGCUCAGAGGUCUCUAUCGUGGUGUAGCCCCAUCACUUUAUGGAAUCUUCCCAUAUGCUGGUUUGAAGUUUUACUUCUAUGAGGAGAUGAAACGCCAUGUACCUGGGGAGAAGAAGAAAAAAAUAAUGGUGAAUCUAGUAUGUGGGUCUGUAGCUGGUCUCUUGGGCCAAACUUUCACAUAUCCUCUUGAUGUUGUGAGGAGGCAAAUGCAGGUCCAAAAGCUCUCGGCAUCCAACAGGCCCGAGUUGAAAGGAACAAUGGGAUCACUUAUCAUGAUUGCCCAAAAUCAAGGCUGGAAGCAAUUGUUUUCAGGGCUGAGCAUCAACUACCUUAAGGUUGUACCGUCUACGGCAAUGGGUUUUGCAGUUUAUGAAGUCAUGAAAUCAAGCUUGAGAGUUCCAUCCCAUGAUGAAGCUGUGAUAGAAGUGGUAACAAACAAAAGAAAUCUCCAUUCAUAACAGCCAUCUCACUUGUACAUUCGAUUCUUUUAAGCUGUACACAUUGUACAGCUUACAUAAAGGGAUGAUCAGGUAGCAAACUCUAUUGAUUAGACUUGUAGCAGUUUCUCGAUCAAGGAUGAUGAGUCUUCCAAGUUUUAGACUCAGGCUAUGUAAAUAAUUUGGGUAUUAAUUGAAUAAAGAAUUUUGACUACUGCUGUUGAGAAAUAAAUAUCAGUGAGGACGUAUGUAUGUCACUAGCUACAAUAGUACCGCGGACCAAGGUUUUGAUGGGAAAGGCUAAUCCACACAAAAUUGAAGAUUAUAGAGGUAGUAGGUUGAUUGCUCACAAGAUCCAGGUGAUCAAGUGACUACAGAUUUCUGAUGGUUGCUCAAAACAACCAAAUAGGGUAUAAAAAGUUGAUACAUGAUGGUGGAUGCAAUGAGAUAUCUCUUUACUGCAACAGAAACAAAUGUUUCUUGGCAGCAUUCUGACCUUGAGUCAGCUUGGGGUUACAAAAUCCUUGAACAGAACGUUCCCUGAUCGAUGUACACAAGUAUUCAGAAGCAAAAAGUUGUUUGAUGUGAAGAAAUGUUUCAAUGAUGACAAAAGUCGGCAACUACAUUUUCCUUGAUGCGGCAACUAACAUUACAAACAACAUCAAUGGAAGGGUUUUCCAUAACUUUACCAGUAAUCACCACAAGAGCAUUUGCCAUCCCUGAAGUGAUGAAAGCGCUUGUUAUCCCUCACAAUC